CCAGGAAAUGUGAAAACUGGUAGUGUCGAAACUCAAUCGCUCACGUCCUUUUCAGCCUGCCGACCGUUCUUUGCACACGGAAGAUGUCGGUGGUCGUGGAGGGAAAAUAUGGAUGGUUUUUAGACGCAUGCGCGCUCAUCGAUCGGGGCUAUGAAAGGUGUCUGACAAGGAAAGCUAACCCGCAGUCCAACCUGAAAGGCUGUUUCAAAAGUCAAUGUUUUAAUGUUAUGAAGAGCCAUUGUGCUGUGAAAGCAUGUGCUGAUCCUGUGCAGGAACAAACCGACAUAGAAAGGCCGGCAAAGAAGCGGAAACGAAAGCACAGUGAACUCAAUCAGGGAGAGAUAGACUCGCAUGCUUUUCAUGAGAAGGUCAGAUGUGCCAUUUUGGAGGGAACCAAAUCCCUUGUGGAGUCUGCCAGACUUCUGGGGUAUCUGCAAGGAGGGCCGGCGACAUCAGAGAACCCUCUUCCUGGUCAAGAGUGCAACCUGGCUAGUCUUUGUGACAUGGCCAAAGACUUGGUUGGAGUGGAUGAUGAGGACGGCGAGGACCAGCAAGACCACGCCCAGUUACUUCUUGACGAGGAUGGCUGCACGUCACAUCUGGAUUUGUUCUCCAGGGUAACGGAGAACACGUCAAAAUGGGCGGCGGUGGUCCCGCUAAUGGGAGAAGAAUACGUGAUACCUCCACAUGCGGCCUUCCUGCUCUCUGAUUUCUCCCGAAUGCAGCCGCUGCUCCGAUGUGGACGCAAGUUUGAUGUCAUUGUCAUGGAUCCGCCGUGGGAAAACAAGUCUGUGAAGAGGAGUCGCAGAUAUCGUAGUCUGCCUUCAUCGCAGCUGAAAAGACUCCCACUCCCCGACUUGGCAAGCCCAAACUGUUUGGUGGUCACCUGGGUUACAAACCGAGCCAGGCACUUGCGAUUCGUGCGAGAUGAGCUGUACCCACACUGGGGAGUGGAGGUUGUGGCUGAAUGGUUCUGGAUUAAGGUUACGACAGAAGGCCACUUUGUGUUCCCACUGGAUUCACCACACAAGAAGCCUUAUGAGGUGCUGGUCCUGGGCCGAUAUCGCUGCUCCCAGACGAGGUGGUCCUUGGGUUAGGUACAAGUACAAGUCAGAUCUUAUCCCUUACCUUAAAUCACUCAAUACACAGAACACCUGAAGGACAUCAAAUACAGUAAAACAGUAGAUCCAAGAAUUAAAUAAAGCUAUAAUAAAGUAACAACAUAUAAAUAAAAAGCCAAAGCACUCACAUCCUUUCCAUCACAAUAAUAAGACCACUACACUGCUUGGUUGAGUUUGGUGACAUUGUCUUCAGUUGACAGUUGGCAAGUUUCUGAAAUAAAAUUGUUAAUUGACGACUAACUUGUCAUUUUUACAGAUGUUAAAAUACCUUAUUUUAUCUUUCACGAUGGUCGCGACAGUCCGGUGGUGAGAGGAGUGUGAAGUGUAUUAUUCCAUUUUAACUAGUUCUCUGGUGAAUGAAGUGUUUAUGGGCCAAAAUUAAGUUUUGACUUAAUCAAUGGGUGCAUGUAUGUAACCACACAGACACCUCAACAAAAACUACUCCAUAAAUUCUGUACAACAACUGUGCAAUAACCGCGCAAUAAACCUGUAUACACAGCUCUAAAAAGUGUUUUGUGGGCCAAAAUGUAAUUUAGAAUUAAUUAAUGGGGGCAUGUACAUAACCACAAAACGACAGACACCUCAACAAAAACUGCUCCAUAAAUUCUGUACAACAACUGUGCAAUAACCAUGCAAUAAACCUGUGUACACAUCUGUAAAAGGUGUUUUAUGGGCCAAAAUUAAAUAUGGAAUUAAUUAAUGGGGGCAUGUAUGUAACCACAAAACAGACACACAACCUGUGUACACAGCUGUAAAAAGUGUUUCAUGGGCCAAAAUUAAGUUUUGAAU